AUGGCAAAACAACGCAGCAACCCUGACUACCUCAACGGCGUACCGGAACUGCUGAUCCUGCAACUGCUUACUCGCAAGCCGAUGUACGGCUACGAGUUGGUGCAAGCGAUCUGCACCGAGAGCGGGCAGCAACUCGAGUUCGGCGAAGGUUCCGUCUACCCCAUCCUGCACAAGCUCGAAGGACAACGCGUGUUGUCGAGCCGCCGCGAAGCGACCGGCGGACGCAGUCGAGUGGUGUAUCGGCUGACCAGCAAGGGGGAGAAACGCCUGCACGGUUCGGUCGCCCAGUGGCGUCAAACCGUCGAGGCGGUGAAUCGUGUACUCGAUGGGGCGGGAAUUAAGCCCAAGGCUGCCCGCAAUCUACUGGCCGGCGAGAUUCCGAUCGUGACUACUCAAUCGUUUGAUACGAUUCGCAAUACGCUGCAUCGUCGUGGGUUGCCCCCGCAUUACAUUCGGCGGGUGGUUGAAGAACUGGAAGAUCACCGGCUCGAUAUCGCCGGCGAGUUGGCCGUCACCGAUCAAACCGACACUUCCGAUUUAGAACGGCUGGGCGAUCUCGACACGUUGGCCGAGUCGUUCGUCGACCGGUACCACAACCAAACCUUUGCCGGGCGCCACCCGUUCGUCACAUUUGUGCUGGCCCCCAUACCCGUGGUGCUAGCCGCCUGGGCGACGCUGCUGAUGGUGUUGCUGGGAGUGAUCAAGCUAUACGAACUGGGGUUCGGUGAGGCGGGAAAGACCAUCGCCGAGAUGUCGCCCGCGGUCGUGGGCACGGCACUGGCCAUGUACGUGGCCGAGAUCGUAGUCCCCCCGGCGGCCGUGGCAUUGUUCUUCGCCUGGCUUGCAUAUCGCGGUGGUAAGGGAAUGAUCUGGGCGUCCGCAGCCACGCUGUUGGUGGCAUUUGCGGCGUUAUGCUGGUCCCCAUCUUCGCCGCUGCGUUUGUGA